AUGGCAUCAGCAACAAAUUUAGAAGAAAGAUUUAAUGCAGCUGUUAAAACUAUUCAAAAUUUACCAGCUACUGGUAUAAUUCAACUAUCAAAUUCAACAAAAUUAAAUUUUUAUGGUCUUUAUAAACAAGCGACAUUAGGUCCAUGUAAAGAUUCUCAACCAUCUUUUUUUAAUUAUAUUGCUCGAGCUAAAUGGGAUGCAUGGAAUAGAUAUCGAUCAAUGACUAAAGAACAAGCUAUGUUAGAAUAUAUUGAUGAAAUUGAAAAAAUUAUUAAAACAAUGCCUCAAACAAAUGAAGUAUUAGAAUUUUCACAAUUAAUUGGAUUAUCAAAUAAAUCAAUUGAUGAUCAAUCAAAUGAAAAUGAUAUAAUUGUAAUAAGUGAAAAAGAACAACAUGAAAUAAUUGAAGAAAAUUUAAAUAAACAAGAUUCAAUUGAAACUCUUAUUUCGAAUCACAAUCACUCAAAUCCUUCUUUAUUAUCAUCUACAUCUUCUUCAAUAAUAUCUUCUAAUAUUGAUGAAUUUUAUGAUGAUCCAUCUGGUUUUAUUUCAUUAACUCAUGAUGAAAUCAUAUCAGAUAAUAAUCAUCAUAUUCAACAACAAUCUAUAAAUUCAAUAACAUAUUCUUCACAUAUAAUUAAUAGUCAAAACGUUACAAAUUCAAUUAGACCAGCAAUAAAUGCAAUAUCAUCUGGUAUUGGUAAUACUACUAAUAAUUCUAAUAGAGAAACACAACGUACUAUAUUAACAGCAUUAACUAAAUUACAACGAGAUAUUAAUAAUAUAUUAGAGAGACUUAAUCGAUUAGAAACAUCAACUAAUCUUCUACAACAGAAAGAAUUAUUAACUUCAUUAAAAUUAAAUUCUUCAUUAUCAUGGUUACCAUUAUCUGGUUUACGUCGAGAAAUAAUUGUAUUUAUAUUAUUUUGGCCAUUUGUUGCAUUUAUUCUUAUGCGUUUAUUUAUACGUGCAAAAAUAAGUAUUCGUUUUCGACGACAACAUCUAUGA